CAAUGAAAAGCAUUGGGUCCCACGAAAUUUUAAAAAGUAGAAUAAAUAAAGUCCCUCUCUUCUUCUUAUUAGCUUCAGAUCUGAUCCAAACAGCACAAACACUCCACAGGCAAGGCAUCAGCAGAAAUUCAGGUUUUUUAAUCUAAAGUAGAGAUUAUGGGUCGUGGAGUCAGCAGCGGUGGGGGGCAGAGUUCUUUGGGUUACCUUUUUGGCAGUGGAGAGGCCCCAAAGCCUACUGCAAACACUAGUGAAGCUCCUAAGGUCCAGGCAGACGCUGCAAAGCCUACAGCUGCUGCACCAGCGGCUGCCGUGCCAUCAGCCUCUCCGCCAUUGGCAGAUGCUGGUAAGCAGAUUCCGGCUGGGGUUCCAGGGAACAAUGCUAACAACUACUUCCGUGCUGAUGGCCAGAACUGUGGCAAUUUCCUCACAGAUCGGCCCACAACUAAGGUGCAUGCAGCUCCAGGCGGUGGGUCUUCCUUGAAUUACCUUUUCGGCGGUGAUGGUAAGUGAGACCUCGGGUUGUUGAGGUUUAGGAGCGUUUGCAGUUGAGGCAAGCAAUAUCUAAAUAUGUAAGUAGAUAGUGGAGAGACCUGAAUUUGUGAAGUGGUACUCUUUUCUUGGAGGGGACAUGGCUUGUGCUGAAAUGCUUUAACCUCGAAAAUUUAAAUUUGUAAUGUCCGACAACUUUCAGUAUUCAAUUCGGCUUUUGCUUAUUCACAA